ACGCGAGCGGCCAUGAUGGUGAAUUCGAGAUGAGUUUUAUUUGCGGGAAUUUUUUUCAAAAGAAAAAUAAAUAGUUCGACUUAAUAAUUAUUAAAGUAUUACUUAAGUGUUUGAGAGCAGCAAAUCAAUUUGUUAUGUGUAAAACACAAAAAUUUUUAUCUCAGCCAUUUCAAUCGACAAGCAAGAAUAAUUAUUAACUAAAAGAUCGUUGCAAUUAAAACAACAAAACAGUGGAAAGCACAAUAGGAAAAAAUUACAAAACAUUAUUUUGCCCAGUUUUUCUAUGAUUAGAUAGAAUAUGUUUGUAAUUUAUUUGAAUUGAAUAUGGAUAUAAUUUGUUAUAGAAACUUUGAUUUUGGGCUAUUCUAAAUGCCAGAAAUGAUAAACAUUUCUCUAAUCCUAUAGCACUCUAAAUAGAAAUACGUAUUCCUAGUGUUUUGGAGUAAUAACUAAUGAAUGAUGAUUUAUUUAAUAAAAUCAAGAAUAAAUAAUAGUAUUUUGCAGUAUUGACAUAGUGGUUUUCAAUAAAAGAAUUCAAGUGAAUAUUUUGCGUUACGUGAUUAGUGUAGUGAAGUUGUGUUAGUGUUUUGUUUUGAUUUUGAGUUUGUAACGUUGUGAUUCUUCGAAUUUAUCCGGCAUCGACCUUGAUAGAAACAAAAUAUUGGAGCAGUAGGUCAACAUCGCAGGUGCAACUUUGGCAGGACGACUAAGUGAGGAGAAAACUGUUUCAGUUUUGUUACUUGAAGCUGGACCAGAGGAAAAUAUUAUUAUGGAUAUACCAUCAGCAAUACCAUUAACACAAUGGAAUAGUGAUGUUAAUUGGAGGUAUCGUACAGAACCAUCGGAUAGUUAUUGUCUUGGGAUGAAAAAUCAUAGCUGCUAUUGGCCCAGAGGGAAAGUCAUGGGUGGCAGUAGUACUUUGAAUUACAUGAUUGCAACUCGAGGACACCCAAAAGAUUACGAUCAUUGGGCAGAAAUGGGCAAUCAAGGUUGGUCUUAUGAAGAUGUUUUACCAUAUUUUAAAAAGUUGGAAGAUGUCGAUUAUUUACAAGUUAAAGAUGAAGGUUUACAUGGUCGUGGUGGACCAGUUCCUAUAAGACAUCCUCCAUUCUUCACUCCUAUAUCAGAAGCUUUCGUGCAAGCUGGUGUUGAACUAGGAUACAAAGUGGUUGAUUAUAAUGGAAUUAAACAAACUGGAUUUUCUCAUCUUCAAACGAAUAUCAAAGAUGGAUACAGAUUUUCAAGCAACAAAGCUUACUUACAUCCAGCUCGAUAUCGUAAAAAUCUUAUUGUGUCAAAAAAUAGUAUGGUAAUUAAAAUUAUAUUUAAUGAUGAUAACACUCGAGCUAUUGGAGUGGAAUAUAAAAAAUCAAAAAGAAUUUAUAGAGUUUAUGCUAAGAAAGAAGUUAUAAUAAGUGCUGGAUCAAUUAAUUCUCCUCAACUAUUAAUGCUAUCAGGAAUAGGACCAGUUGAUAAUCUUAAAGAAUUUAAUAUUAAACCCAUUGCUGAUCUUCCUGUUGGAGAAAAUUUGAUGGAUCAUAUCGCUUAUGGUACAUUAAUAUUUAAACUUAAUCAACCAGUAGCACUGAACUUUAAUGAAGUUAGUGAUUUAUCAAAUCCGUAUGUUCGCGAUUUUUUGUUGAAGAAAAGUGGACCACUAGCGAUACCUAAUGGAUGUGAGAGUAUUGCAUUUGUGGAUGUUGAUAAUUUCACUGGUCAAGAAGAAUAUCCUAAUUUAGAAUUCUUAUUUUUGUCUGGUACUGUUUUUACUAAUUUCUUAUUUCCUCAUAUUUGGGGAAUAGCUGAUGAUGUUUGGGCAAAAAUGCUUACAAAAAUUGACGUCAACGGUCACUAUAUUACCAUCUUUCCAAUGAUUUUACGACCAAAAAGCAGAGGUAGAAUUUUAUUAAAAAGUGCCAGUCCUUAUAGACAACCACGUAUAAUUCCUAACUACUUAAGCGAUAAAGAUGAUGUAAGAGUAUUAGUAAGUGGAAUUAAAAAAGCAUUAAAAGUAACUGAAACAGAAACAAUGCAAAAAUUUGGAGCUAAACUUGUUCACUUUCCUUUCAAAGGUUGUGAACAUCUAGAUCGUAAUAGUGAUGAGUACUGGGAAUGUGCUCUUAGAACGAUUACUUUUAAUAUAUAUCAUUAUUCAGGAACUUGUAAAAUGGGUCCACAAAAUGAUCCAUCAGCUGUUGUUAAUUCAAGACUACAAGUACAUGGAAUUGAUGGUCUACGAGUUGGAGACGCUUCGAUUAUGCCAUCAAUACCGUCUGGGCAUACCAAUAUUCCAACAUUCAUGAUUGCAGAGAAGCUUGCUGAUAUGAUUAAAGCAGACUGGGGUUUGUCAACCAAAAAGAGAUAGAAUAAAUGUUUGAAUAACCGAUACACUAAGGGUAAUAUGACAUGAACUGCUAAAUUGCUUGCAAGGUAAACAUCACUCAUUUCAUGUCAUUAAAUAACAAAUCUCAAUAUUAGAGAAGUUAGCAAUAUUACACAAUUGAUCGAAAACAAAUUUAAACGUAUGAAUAAUUUUCAUUUAA